AUGUGGUGGUUGCAGGAGACGGGGAGGAGAGAUGUUCAGGAGAACGGGUACAGGUUACAAACCCCCCGACUUUCCUCUUCUCUGGACGAAUUAGUUUUUGUUAACACGAAAAAAGGAUCAAAGUCAGAUGUGACUCGGAAACACAAUGGGCGCCUUCCGGAGCGGUCCUCGAAGCGCCGGGCUGUUAGGGUCGCUCGAGUAAUCCCAGGCAUACGAGUGUGGUGCUUUAGUGAACUGUUUUUUAUAAAAGAACCACAGGAUGUAACUGUCACAAGAAAGGACCCAGUCAUUUUAGAUUGCCAGGCUCAUGGAGAAGUUCCCAUUAAGGUCACAUGGUUGAAAAAUGGAGCAAAAGUGUCUGAAAAUAAACGGAUCCAGGUCCUGUCUAACGGCUCGUUAUACAUCAGUGAAGUGGAAGGCAAGCGAGGAGAGCAGUCUGAUGAAGGAUUUUAUCAGUGCUUGGCAGUGAACAAAUAUGGAGCCAUUCUUAGUCAAAAAGCACAUCUUACGUUGUCAACUAUUUCUGCAUUUGAAGUUCAGCCAGUUUCUACUGAGGUCCAUGAAGGUGGAGUUGCUAGAUUUGCAUGCAAGAUUUCUUCAAACCCUCCUGCAGUCAUAACAUGGGAAUUCAAUCGGACAACCCUACCUGUAACUUUGGACAGGAUAACAGCCCUACCAACAGGAGUAUUGCAGAUCUAUGAUGUUGGCCAAAGGGAUGCUGGAAAUUAUCGUUGUGUUGCUGCUACUGUGGCCCAUAGACGUAAAAGUAUGGAGGCCUCUCUAACAGUGAUUCCAGUUGAAGAGUCUAAUUCCUUCUACACACCAACCAUUAUAGCAGGCCCACAGAACAUAACAACGUCUCUUCAUCAGACUGUUGUUUUGGAAUGCGUGGCCACGGGAAAUCCUAAACCAAUCAUUUCUUGGAGCCGCCUUGAUCAUAAGUCCAUUGAUGUCUUUAACACUCGGGUACUUGGAAAUGGUAAUCUCAUGAUAUCUGAUGUCAGACUGCAACAUGCUGGAGUGUACGUUUGUCGGGCCACAACCCCAGGCACACGCAACUUUACUGUUGCUAUGGCAACUUUAACUGUAUUAGCUCCUCCUUCAUUUGUUGAAUGGCCAGAAAGUUUAACAAGGCCUCGAGCUGGCACUGCUCGAUUUGUAUGUCAAGCAGAAGGAAUCCCCUCACCCAAAAUGUCAUGGUUGAAAAAUGGGAGGAAGAUACAUUCAAAUGGUAGAAUUAAAAUGUACAACAGUAAAUUGGUAAUUAACCAGAUUAUUCCUGAAGAUGAUGCCAUUUAUCAGUGCAUGGCUGAAAACAGCCAAGGAUCUAUUUUAUCUAGAGCCAGACUGACCGUAGUAAUGUCGGAAGACAGACCCAGUGCUCCCUACAAUGUGCAUGCUGAAACCAUGUCAAGUUCAGCCAUCCUUUUAGCUUGGGAGAGGCCACUUUAUAAUUCAGACAAAGUCAUCGCUUAUUCUGUGCACUAUAUGAAAGCAGAAGGUUUAAAUAAUGAAGAGUAUCAAGUAGUCAUUGGAAAUGACACAACUCAUUAUAUUAUUGAUGACUUGGAACCUGCUAGCAAUUACACUUUCUACAUCGUGGCAUAUAUGCCAAUGGGAGCCAGCCAGAUGUCUGACCACGUGACACAGAAUACUUUAGAGGACGUUCCCUUGAGACCUCCUGAAAUUAGUUUGACAAGUCGAAGUCCUACUGACAUCCUCAUCUCCUGGCUGCCGAUCCCAGCCAAGUAUCGGCGGGGCCAAGUGGUCCUGUAUCGCCUGUCCUUCCGCCUCAGUACUGAGAAUUCCAUCCAAGUUCUGGAGCUCCCAGGGACCACACAUGAGUACCUUCUGGAGGGCUUGAAACCUGAUAGUGUCUACCUGGUGCGGAUCACUGCUGCCACCAGAGUGGGGCUGGGAGAGUCGUCAGUGUGGACUUCACAUCGGACACCCAAAGCCACAAGUGUGAAAGCCCCUAAGUCUCCAGAGUUACAUUUGGAGCCUCUGAAUUGUACCACCAUUUCUGUGAAGUGGCAGCAAGAUGCUGAGGACACAGCAGCCAUUCAGGGCUACAAACUGUACUACAAAGAAGAAGGGCAGCAGGAAAAUGGACCCAUUUUCUUAGACACCAGUGACCUUCUCUAUACUCUCAGUGGUUUAGACCCCAGAAGAAAAUACCACGUGAGGCUACUGGCUUACAACAACAUAGAAGAUGGCUAUCAGGCAGACCAGACAGUCAGCACUCCAGGAUGCGUGUCUGUUCGUGAUCGCAUGGUUCCUCCUCCACCACCACCCCACCAUCUCUAUGCGAAGGCUAACACCUCAUCUUCCAUCUUCCUGCACUGGAGGAGGCCUGCGUUCACCACUGCACAAAUCAUUAACUACACCAUCCGCUGUAACCCUGUCGGCCUGCAGAACGCUUCUUUGGUUCUAUACCUUCAAACAUCAGAAACUCACAUGUUAGUUCAGGGUCUAGAACCCAACACCAAAUAUGAAUUUGCUGUACGAUUGCAUGUGGAUCAGCUUUCCAGUCCCUGGAGCCCUGUUGUCUACCAUUCUACGCUUCCAGAAGCCCCAUCAGGCCCACCGGUUGGAGUAAAAGUGACCUUGAUAGAGGAUGACACUGCUCUGGUUUCUUGGAAACCCCCUGAUGGGCCAGAGACCGUGGUCACACGCUAUACCAUCUUGUAUGCAUCCAGGAAGGCCUGGAUUGCAGGAGAAUGGCAGGUCCUACACCGAGAAGGGGCAAUAACCAUGGCUUUGCUAGAAAACCUGGUGGCAGGAAAUGUGUACAUUGUCAAGAUAUCUGCAUCAAAUGAGGUGGGAGAAGGACCCUUUUCAAAUUCUGUGGAACUGGCAGUCCUUCCAAAGGAAACCUCUGAGUCAAAUCAGAGGCCCAAGCGUUUGGAUUCUGCUGAUGCCAAAGUUUAUUCAGGGUAUUACCAUCUGGACCAGAAAUCGAUGACUGGCAUUGCUGUGGGCGUUGGCAUAGCCUUGACCUGCAUCCUCAUCUGCGUUCUCAUCCUGAUAUACAGAAGUAAAGCCAGGAAAUCAUCUGCUUCCAAGACGGCACAGAAUGGAACUCAACAGUUACCUCGUACUAGUGCCUCCCUAGCCAGUGGAAAUGAAGUAGGAAAGAACCUAGAAGGAGCUGUAGAAAAUGAAGAAUCCUUAAUGCCAAUGAUAAUGCCAAACAGCUUCAUUGAUGCAAAGGGAGGAACUGAUCUUAUAAUUAAUAGCUAUGGUCCUAUAAUUAAAAACAACUCUAAGAAAAAAUGGCUUUUUUUCCAAGAUUCCAAGAAGACAAAAGUUGAACAGCCUCAAAGAAGAUUUGCUCAAGCGGUCUGCUUUUACCAGCCAGGCACUACUGUGUUAAUCAGCGAUGAAGACUCUCCCAGCUCCCCAGGUCAGACAACCAGCUUCCCAAGACCCUUUGGUGUUGUAGCUGAUACUGAGCAUUCAGCGAAUAGUGAAGGCAGCCACGAGACUGGGGAUUCUGGGAGGUUCUCCCACGAGUCCAAUGAUGAGAUACACCUGUCCUCAGUUAUAAGCACCACGCCCCUGACCUCCAGUUCCUUUGCUGGCAGUGAUUCAGGUGGAGAUCCCUCAGCGAGGAAGGGUGAAGACCCUGCAGUGCCGCUAGAUGCUGAGCAAAUGUCCCCUUCAGUUCUGCAGCCACCAUCGGCCAUGCUACGCUUUGAUAAGAAUGAUUUUCCAAUCUAGAGAGCCAUGUUCAGGUAUUCUCGCCUUUAAGUCUGUUCGAAGGACAAUGAACAGGGAGCCAAAGCCUUUUGUGAAAAUUUGGAUGUCUUAUUGGGUAUUUCAGCUUUUUUUUUUUUGAAUGUGUUUUGUUUUUUAUUUUUAAACUCACGUAUUUUGAAUGUUUGUCAGCAAUGUGAAAAGACAGUCAAGAUAUUUGACUGGAUUAUAAAAUAUAUCACUGGAGCAAAGGGAAGACUUUUGAAAGCCCCUUUGCUGACUAUCUACCUCAGUUUGCCAGAUGGCAAACUCAGAAGACAACUUAGUUACCUCGUUUAUUGUGAUAGUUUAUCUCAGCUACAUAACCAAUGAUACUUCCUAGUAGCAUUUUGUUUUCAUUGCUGUGUGUGUAGUGUGUGUGAUCAAAGGAGUCAUAUAGGUAUAUGGGUAAGAAUGUUUAUCUGAAGCUCUGAUUUUUUUUAAAGAAAGCUGUGACAUCUGCAUGGUUUGGAUAAUUUAAUACCUCUGGCUGUGCAGACUGUCAAACCACAGAGAAGAGAAAAAGUGGGACUGUUGAUUUUAAUGAAUGAUCAAAACAAAGAAAGUGUCUCUCUUUUGAGAAUAGAACUAUUCAGUAGCAUAUAGAGAAUACUAUUGUUUCAAGGGCCUUUAUGUUUUGGGCAUUAGAGUCUGAGUGCUUUAUCUGCUGU